UGCACUUAGUUUCCACUGGACGCCUGGCCGUCUCCACAGUAAUUUAUGUCUUGCCAAAACUAGGCAGCUCCGUACUUUAGCAUCUUGGAAAGAUUUCAGUUCGCGAGUUUAUUUUUUAUUUUACUUGACUCCAACAAGCUCCAUGAUGACGAAGUUCGUGCCGCUGGGCACGGUGGUCGCCGCCGUGACCUUCCUGGCGACGCUGUUAUUGCUGUACUCGCGCAGCAUGCGCCUACAGGAGGUGAGCGUACAGGCGCUCGAGCUUGACAACAAGCUUCGUGAUGCCGAGCAGUCGAUUGAAGUGCUGCAGCAGAAGAACGAGGAAUUCGCCGAAGCAGAACGCGAUCAGAAGAGCUACGUCGAAGAGCUGGACGGCAAGGUGAAUGUGGCGCUCUCCAAGCAAAGUGAAGCUGAAGCUAACUACAAGAGGUGUGAAGAUAGCAAGAAACAGCAGCUGGAGCAGCUAGCUAAGCAGAAUGAAGAGCAGAUGCAAAAGCUAAAAGCACAGAGUGAAACAGACAAGAAUUCUUUACAAGAUCAAAUCAACAAAUUGAAGACUGAACUAGAACAGUUCAAGAAAAUAUGUGAAUUUGUGGAUAAGGCAAACGAUCAGGGAAGAAAACUGUGUGGAUUGCCAGAACCUAAUGUGAAACCCAGUUAGAGAUUGCGUAAGGGAAAUAAAAGAAGAUUCUAUAGCCCAGAUGUCCUGGUAUUAUGAGCGGAAAAACUGGAAGGACAGUCAGAGCAAGUUAUUUGUGCAGAAGCUGAAAAUGAUCAGACCUGAAGAAUCUGGAUGGUUUUAUAUCUCAUUGAUAUGGUGACUAGUUAGCUUACACUCCAAGAGUCUGUAGAAACUGUUGCAAUUUUUUUUUUGUUAUUUCAAGACACAAACACCUUUAAUAAAAAUAUUAUUUGUUCUGUU